GCCAUGGGUGGAAAAAAGAGAAUCCCCAGCCCAGAUCAGCUCCGCGACUACAACUACGCCGUGGCUGGACAUGCGGGCACCCUGUGCGACGCCGAUGGAGAACUCUUCAUCAAGCCGUGUACCCAGACCGAGAUCGAUUUCUACCAAGCCGUAGAGACAAAUGGCUAUCGCGACUUUGCCGACAUCAUGCCCCUCUACAUGGGCGAGCUGCAGCUGACUCCCGCCGACGUGCCGAUCCAAGAGGCGCUCAUGGGCGUCAUCGCGAGCGACGGCAACUUCAAGACCACCAAAGAACAGAUUGCCGCGACGAUAGCAGAGGUCGUGGACCAGACAACAUGGGUCCCUACCCAGGGCAAAAAGAUCAAGACGGACAAGUCGGUCGUGCUGGAGAAUGCCACGUAUGGCUACAAAAAAGCAAACAUCCUCGACGUCAAACUUGGCCGGCGGCUUUGGGCGGACGACGCCCCCGCUGAGAAGAAGGAGCGCUUCGAUGUCAUCAGCUCGCAGACGACGCACGGGAAGCUGGGCUUCCGCAUUUCGGGCAUGCGAGUAUAUCAGGGCUCGGAGGAUGAGUCAACAUUGGACGAGGAAGGCUACAAGAUCUACGACAAGGACUUUGGGCGCGUGACAGUCAACGACGAAAACGUUGUCGACGCAUUUCGCAAGUUCGUCUUCAACAAGGCUGCCGGCAUCCACAAGGCGUUGGGCAAGGCUGUCUGCUCCGCCUUUGUCCGAGACCUGCAGCGAAUCGAGGAUGUCCUGACAAGCCACGAGACCCGCAUGUACUCUGCGUCUCUUCUCUUCAUCUUUGAGGGCGAAGGCGUUUCGCUCGACGCUGCCAUUGAAAUGAACAAUGAAAUCUUGGACCGCCAGUCCGCUGAGUCAUAUACGUGCCCGCCAGUGUCUCGCUCAAACAUGAGCUUGGACAGCAGAAUGGACAGCGGCAUCGCGUUGGAAGCCGACGACGAUUACGACUUUGAAGCCGACGACGAAGAUGACGACGAACUUCGACUGCCCCAGAUCUACACGUUGAAGCUCAUUGAUUUUGCCCACGCAAAUUUCACUCCCGGCCAAGGGCCCGACGAAAACAUCCUCCUAGGAGUCAGGAGCCUUUUGCGAAUUUUCAAAGAAAUGGCUGCCGAGGAUGACUAGACUCAUGCACGAUGGCAUGGCUUUCUUUGAUUGCCACUCGCGCGCGUGUAUAUACGAUGCUGGCGAUUAAGUGCGCCGCUCUUGGGAUAUGAUACUGGCGUUAAAAGGAAGGUGGCGAUGUCUGAUACUACACAGAGAGGGCACCCAAAAAGGGAGGCGCAUUUCCCCCUCUCCCCACUUUGGAGGAGAAACUAUUUUUUUCCCUGAUACCCCGGGAAGAUGCCUGAGUACUGGUGUUUGCGGCGUAAUAAUUUUGACCGAACAGAAAAAGAGAAUUUACAAGAUGUUACAAGGUAGAGCAUGGCUCCACAUGGAGAGGUUUGGGAGGAAGAAGAAAUUUUUGUUCUUUUCCCUGCGUAUAACGACGAUAUAUGACGGUUUCGGCGCAAAUGGGAGUUGUCUUUUGUCUAUUGUUCUCGUUGAUUUUCAAGAGGUUUAGUGGUUGAGGAUAAAUGCAGCUUUAGAAAGCAUCUUGAUACAGGUACUGGUUGCUGGCUACUUAGAGGUAGCCAUGUUAACUUCUAUGUACAUAUUUAUCCACGUUUGGGUAGACAAUACCGAUACGUUUUGUGUUGUGAA